UCUAUCGGACACUCCCACACAGCUCACAACAAUGGCGAACGCCACCGCCGCCGCCAGCACCGAAAUCUUAAUGUUAGAAGCUCCGCCGCAAGGUCCAUCAUGGCCGGGCCCCUUAACCAACGCCGAGAUCAUCGACGCAUUACCCUACAUCGACGAAGACUACUACUCCAGCGCCGCCGUCAAGAACGAGGUCGACCUCAUGGUGGAGGAAGAGCUCCGUCGCAGCGCCAAGAAGCCCGCCGACUUCCUCAAAGACUUGCCGCCGCUCGCCAAGCCCGAUUUCAAGAAUAAUCCAGUUCUGGCGAGAGAGUACGACCGCGUGAGGGCCUCAAAGCCGCCGGUGGUGCUUGAUUUCUCCAGAGAUAAAGCGGAGAUGCCGAGGAGGAGUGAUGAAGCUUCUUGGAGACUGGCUCUGCAGAAAGCUCAGUGCUAUUCGCAGCACAAUGUCGUAAGGUUGGAGAAUUUGGAGCUGAUGGAUAAGUAUGGCCCUGAUGCCUGGAUUCGGUACAACAAUGUAUUGCAAUCGCUUCAGUCAAGGUUGCAGAAAUUGGCUCAUGAAAGCUCCCAAAUGAUUGGAACCGUGAAUCGUGAGAGGAAAGAACAUCAGCAAAACACUGCAUAUGAGCUUAAUGCUUUGUCUGCGCAAUGGAGGGAACUUUCUCUGAAGAACAUAGAAAUCCAAGCAGCAUGUGCUAAGAUUGAGAAUUACAUAGAUGAACUCAAAAAGGAAGCAGCGGAGAGAGGCUGGGACUUAAAACCAAUGGAGAAUGGCCAAUUGAAUUCUGAAUGAGUAGUAGAAGUUAAGACAAGUUUGGGGUGCUGCUGUGAUGAAAUUACAGUCUGAUGGCCUUCUUUAACCAUUGGAUUUGUAAACAGAAUGUGCAUGAGCACCUGGAAGUGGGAAACAAGCUAAUGUUUGCUUUGAUUCACGCAGCUGCAAAGGAUACAUCUUUCUGGAUUAUUGGCUGAUAAUGGGUCAGUUGGAGCUUUUCCUAGUUAUUCCAGUUGGAAUCCGUAUAAUUUGAUGAUAUAUCUGAAUUUUUCUGUAAUGAUCAUAACGAGUAGAGCUCGAUUUGAGUAAAUCGUUCCCAAGACUUGAGCUAAGUGGAUUUUGUAUUGGUGUAGAAGCCUUGUACCAAGCCAUGAUUUAGAGAGGAAUCAUAAUAUGGUUGCACAACGCACGUUAUAUGAAAUGUAGUGCUUUUGUUCACAUCUCAGUAGUUAAGGAGGACGAGUU